AGGUGUGCAUGUUUAGAUUUUUACCUGUCGAGUUAAAUUUCAACACCUUAACGGUAUAAGCAUUCAAUCUUGAUGUCUUAAGGAUUACAUUUUGAGAAAACUUUAAAGAUGUCAUAUGGAUCUCAAUAUAGAAUCUAAAAAGGAAGAUUGAAGCAGCCUGACGAUAUGAUUCGAUGGUUCAAAGGAAGAAAGCAUAAGCGGAAAUGUUAUGAUAGUAGUGAUGAUUCGUCAACAGAAUAUGGUUUUAAAGAUUCAAAAUCUAGAGACAAUUCACCGUAUGGUUUCCGAAAGUUCGAAAAUAAUUGUGUUCAAGUUGCAGACGUUGUGCCAAAGGAAGUAAACAAUACAGCAUUAAAUGACUGUACCACGGGGUUACACGGUUCGUCAUCACCCCAUAUUUACGAUGAAAUUAAGGAUCUCCCAGAUAACAUUAUAGCAAGUCAGUUCAGAAUUUUGACUGGUUUGAAAUUUACUUCUAGUCUAACAGAGGAAGACGAAAAGGAAGGACCAUAUAUGGUUGUUCCAGUAUUGCCUGCCAGACGUAUUCCCGCCAAAUCUAGUGCCAUAAAAAGUGCUACAAAUGUAUCUAGAUCUCAAAACGACGUCCCCAAAGAAUCGACAGUUCAACUGGAAUCUAAUUCUGAUUUAACUAAUACAAUUAUAAGUUUGAAUGCACGUGAUGGGAUUUCUAAAACUCCGACAUAUGAAAGUGUGGAUUUAUUAAAUUGUAAUAGAAGUGAGACUGAUUCGAUUGCUUUACCAACCCGAAUUCAAAAUUCGGAACAAAAUUUAGAUGAUAGUGAGACAGAAUAUGACCUCAAUUCUGGUGAAAGUACUGAAAGUGAAUAUCCUGUGUUUUUGGACAAAAUUGAACAAAAUUUGUUUUUAAAACAACAAGUGCGGGAAAUAAUCCAGAGCUUAAGUAGAACUGACUCUGAGCAGUCACGAUGCAAUCGAACAGAUUCUUUUUCGACUGUUUCGACAGAGUCGUCUAGCGUGCCACAUACAUCUGAGUCGGAAGUUUCGGACCCGGAUGUUUUCGCCGAUCAAUCAGAAUCAGAUGAUGAUAAUGAAUAUCAUGAAUGCACAAAGGAAAACAUAGAAGUAUCAUAUCAAGUUGCUGAGGCAAAACCGGAAGUAGGAAGUAAACAUUCUGACAGUGAUCUCAAAAAUUGUGUUCAAAAACAGAAAAAGAGAUUGUCAAAAUGCAGAAAGCCAAAAUUUAAGAUUUAUUCAAUCAAAGAUGAAGACCAUGAAAACAAACUUCAAUCUGUGAUUCACGAGGAUACAGAAAUGUACCUCUUACCGUCUUGUCAAAAGGAAAUAGACUAUUAUAAUUAUAAAACUUGCAGAAAGCCGGUGCUUGUUCCCACGUUACCAACCAGAAUUUACCAGGACCCAGACAGGCUUAAAAGUAACAAGAACAAUAAACUGUUGGGUGAUUUAAUUCGAAUGAACUACGACAAGCAACAUUUAAUUCUAGUCUAGUAAUCGAUCUCUUUAAAAUAAGAUUUUUCUCACUAGUCUAGAUACAGUUGUUCAAAGUUUCAUUCAAGUCAGUUCAUUCUUUGUGUCAAAUUAAUCAGUUAAAAUGAAAAUAAUAGCAGGGUAAUGAAAGAUUUGAUAACUGAUUUUACCAGUUUAAUGAUUAAAUACAGUUGUGGGAACCUCCAAAUGACAAAAGUGAAACAUUUUAAACAGAUUUUUAUACAAGUGCAAUGAAAUAAAAUGGUUAAUAAUAA